AGGGCCCCACCUUGGUCAGUGUCGAGGCCACGGCAGCACCAUGACAGACCUCUCCGUGCGCCUGGCGGCUCUGAUCCUUCUAGGAGUGGCCCUGUGUGGGGCACAGCCCCGGGGCCGGAUCCUGGGCGGCAGCGAGGCCACGCCCCACCAGCGGCCCUACAUGGCAUCGGUGCAGGUGAACGGCACGCACGUGUGCGGCGGCUUCCUGGUGGCUGAGCAGUGGGUGCUGAGCGCAGCGAGGUCGGGGGUGGGACGUGGAUCUGACAUGGACCCCUGCCCCAGCUCCAGGCCCAAUGAGACGGUGACGGUGCUCCUAGGCGCGCACUCCCUGUCGCAACCUGAACUCUCCAAGCGCCGGUACAAUGUGUCCCGAGCAGUGCUCCACCCGGGCAGCCGGCGGGAAACCAUCGACCACGACCUCCUUCUGCUGCAGCUGUCUGAGAACGCCACUCUGGGUGACUCUGGGGGCCCUCUGGUGUGCAACGGCGUGGCCGAGGGCAUGGUCACCUCAGGAUCCCGCGUGUGUGGCAACCGCAGGAAGCCAGGCAUCUACACUCGGCUGGGGAGCUACGCGGCCUGGAUCGAGAGCAUUAUGGACGGAGGUGAUAGCGUUACGGACGGAGGCGCGGUCUCCGAAGGAGAGCCUGAGGGGCAGGGUCCCGAGGCGCAAUAAAGCCAUUCACUCCUGCACCCCA